AUGGAGGUGAUGGACGAGAAUGAGUGGUGGGGAAAGAUGGAGCAAAUGAAGAGAGGAGAACAGGAGAUGGUUAUAAAGCGUAAAUUUAGAAGAGAGGACCAAGAAAUAAUGGCUGAUAUGGCCUAUCAGUUGGGGCUCUACUUCCAUGCUUAUAAUAAGGGAAGAGCACUUGUUGUCAGCAAAGUUCCAUUGCCAAACUACAGGGCUGAUUUAGAUGAGCAUCACGGAUCAACGAAGCAGGAGAUACGGAUGUCUAGCGAGAUUGAGACAAAAGUUGGACAAUUAUUGAAUGAUUCACAAGUUGGAAUACCUGUUGAUAAGUCCUCUUCUACAUCCUCUCAUACGCCAAAAGGAUCAUCUAAUGUUUUAGAGUUGGCAAAGCCUCCACAUAUGUCUGAGACUGAUGCUUCCAACGAGAAACUUAGUCUUGAACUUAAACGGAGGCAAGAAGAGCUAAGGGAGAGUGAGAGUGUGAAGGCAAUGCUCUCAUUCAGGGAGAAGCUUCCUGCAUUUAAAGUAAAACAUGAGUUCUUGAAGGCCAUUGCAUUAAAUCAGGUAUUGGUUGUCUCUGGGGAAACAGGUUGUGGCAAGACAACCCAGCUUCCUCAGUUUAUUUUGGAGGAAGAGGUUUCAUCUCAACGUGGUGCAAAUUGCAACAUAAUGUGCACGCAACCCCGUCGCAUUUCUGCAAUAUCAGUUGCUGCUCGAAUAUCCUCUGAAAGGGGGGAUAACCUUGGUGAAACUGUAGGCUACCAGAUCCGACUGGAGGCAAAUCGUUCUGCUCAGACAAGAUUGUUAUUUUGCACCACAGGAGUACUACUUAGGCAAUUGGUUCAGGACCCUUAUCAAGGAGUUAGCCAUUUACUGGUAGAUGAGAUCCAUGAAAGAGGCAUGAAUGAAGAUUUUCUUCUAAUAAUAUUAAGGGACCUACUUCCUCGUCGGCCUGAUCUACGGCUUAUUUUAAUGAGUGCUACAAUUAAUGCUGAUCUAUUUUCUAGAUAUUUUGGAAAUGCACCAACAAUCCAUAUCCCAGGAUUGGUGUUUCCUGUGGCAGAACUAUUUUUGGAAGACGUAUUAGAGAGAACUCGCUACCGUAUUAAGUCAGAAUCUGACAACAUUCCUGGAAAUCCCAGAGGAAGGCGGCGGCAACAACAAGAAUUUAAGAGAGAUCCUUUAACAGAAUUAUUUGAGGAUGCAGAUAUUAAUACUCAGUACAAAAGCUACAGUGCUGGAACAAGACAAUCUCUUGAAGCUUGGUCUGGGGCAAAGCUUGAUCUAGGUCUUGUAGAAGCUACUAUAGAAUAUAUUUGUCGCCAUGAAGGUGAUGGUGCAAUUCUUGUGUUCCUCACUGGUUGGGAUGAUAUUUCUAAGCUGCUUGAUAAAGUGAAAGCAAACAACUUUCUUGGGGAUUCUCGCAAGUUUUUAGUCCUUCCUGUUCAUGGUUCAAUGCCUACUAUCAAUCAACGUGAAAUUUUUGCGCCACCUCCUAGUAUGAGGAAAAUUGUGCUGGCAACUAACAUAGCUGAGAGUAGUAUCACUAUAGAUGAUGUCAUAUAUGUUAUAGACUGUGGAAAGGCAAAGGAGACCAGUUAUGAUGCUCUUAACAAAUUGGCUUGUCUCCUCCCUUCCUGGAUUUCAAAAGCUUCAGCGCAUCAGAGACGUGGGCGUGCCGGACGUGUUCAACCUGGACUCUGUUACAGAUUAUAUCCGAAAUUAAUUUUUGAUGCUAUGCCUCAGUAUCAACUUCCUGAAAUACUUCGAACACCUUUGCAAGAGCUAUGUCUUCAUAUCAAGAGCUUGGGCCAAGGAGAUAUUAGUUCAUUUUUGGCCAAGGCACUUCAGCCUCCAGCCCUUGCUGUUCAGAAUGCCAUUGAACUUCUGAAGACAAUUGGAGCUUUGGAUGACUUUGAAGAGCUUACUCCACUUGGACGUCAUCUCUGCACGCUGCCCUUGGACCCAAAUAUCGGAAAGAUGCUUCUCAUGGGUUCCAUAUUCCAGUGCCUUAAUCCAGCAUUAACAAUUGCUGCUGCUCUUGCAUAUCGUGACCCAUUUGUCCUUCCAAUUAAUAGGAAAGAUGAAGCUGAUGCAGCGAAAAGAUCUUUUGCUGGUGAUUCCUGCAGCGACCACAUUGCACUUCUCAAAGCAUUUGAAGGAUGGAAGGCUGCUAAACGCAAUGGGGCUGAAAGGGCUUUCUGCUGGGAGAAUUUCUUGUCAAUGGUGACCCUACAAAUGAUGGAUGAUAUGAGGAAACAGUUUCUAGAUCUUCUAUCAGACAUCGGUUUUGUUGAUAAAUCACAUGGCGCCAAUGCUUAUAAUAAAUACAGUGAUGAUUUGGAAAUGGUAUGUGCAAUCCUCUGUGCUGGGCUCUAUCCAAAUGUGGUGCAAUGCAAACGAAGAGGGAAGAGGACAGCUCUUUACACUAAAGAAGUUGGAAAAGUUGAUAUUCACCCUGCAUCUGUAAAUGCUGGUGUUCAUCUUUUUCCUCUUCCUUACAUGGUUUACAGUGAAAAGGUCAAAACCACCAGCAUUUACAUGAGAGACUCAACAAACAUAUCAGAUUAUGCUCUACUAAUGUUUGGUGGCAGCCUCAUUCCAAGCAAAAGUGGAAAUGGAAUUGAAAUGCUUGGGGGAUAUCUUCACUUUUCUGCAUCAGAGAGCAUAUUAGACUUGAUAAGGAAAUUACGUGGGGAACUUGAGCUUCUGAACAGGAAGAUUGAGGAGCCUGGGCUAGACAUAUCCUCCGAAGGACAGGGAGUAGUUGCCGCCGUUGUGGAGUUGCUACAUAAUCAAAAUGUCCGAUACUAGUUUUUCAUGUUCUUCAAUGCGACGGAUGCUUGAUGGAUAUAAUUCUAUGUGCAGAUACACGUAGGAUAAAUGAAAACCUGUUGUAUCUUUUACUUGUAAGGCUUUAGGAGAAGAUUUACGACCUUUGGGGAUGGCACAAUAACAAAAUGACCUACUGUAAUUGGAUGAUGUGAGGUUGGUCAAUAGAAGCAUCAAAUAAUCGUUAGUCCA